AUGCGGGCAGGUGGCCAACGAUGGUGGCCCAUGGGUUGCGCCUGCCUCGAAGAUGGAACUGCCGAUGAUGUCGGCGCGACCAAAGGGGCAACAACCAUCGUCGCUCCCUUCCGUCUUAUUCGCCACGCAUCUUCCACGGCAUCUGCCACGGCAUCAUUGCCCGGGUGGCACUUGCCACGAGAAAGAGGUUCUGGCGUGAACGCGUACAUGGUGCAAGUACAUGUCCGUCUGUCCAAGGUGCAGGCACGAUGCACGACAGGCCGUGCGGCGCAGGAACGACCCUCAAACGACGGCCGGGGCGCACAGGCUGGGCAAGGGCAGAGCAGGGCAGGCACGACCAACCAUGGCGGUCGCAGCUUCCUCACGGCUUAUCGUCGUGCCACUCGAUAUGGUUGCGCCUCAGCCAUGGACGGACCAAUGGGGAAGGUCGUAUGGCAGCGUCGCAUCGCGGCUGAAGCCACGAGGGCAUCGAGGCGCACGGCGUGCCUGAGGCUCCCGGGAGGACCAAAGUACAGGCUGGCCGACGGCGAGACGAUUGCACCGGCCAGGCGUAAGCAUGGCGACGAGUUGCCGUUACGAGACGCCCGGUUCGUCGCCGACGAGGUGCGAUGGAUGACGAAUGCCCUGCCUCGUCGUAUAUAUGUACCGUCGGCCAAGAAAACGGCUUACUCACCGUUCGCAACUGCUGGUGGUAUCGCGUGCCGCUGGUGUUUUGUGAUGAAUGCCAAGGUGAGCAGUCUCGUCGGCCGGCCAGGCAUCCCCUACCAGCAGGCCGGCCAUGUCCUCGGCACGACGAACGGAGCGCUGAGUGGCACAGAGCCUACCUGGAGACCAAGCAUCCAACCUGCCCUCGCCUCCCGAAAGCGCCGCGGCGGUACGCAUGCCCGGGCGUGCCACUCUGUCCUCUCGGUCGGGUCCAUGUCUCGGCAGGCCGACCCGGAGCCCAUCUCGCUCCAGCGGCAGCGGCCCGGCGGCGCCUGCGAGGAAUGCCGGAGACGCAAGCUGCGGUGUGAUCGGCAGCAGCCCCAGUGCGGCAUGUGCUCGGCGGCGGGGGCGACGUGCCAGAUCACGACGAAUCGAGCGCCGAGGGGUCCCAAGCGAGGCUAUCUCAAGGCCAUGCAGGCGCGCAUCGGCAAGUUCCCAAGCCCCCGCGCGCAGCCGCAGGCCCUCGACCCGCUAACCGGCCGGCUCGACGGCCACGCAGCCGCUCUCGAGGGCGCUCUCGAGGGCGCCAUGCUGCAGCAGCAGGCGGGCGGCGACAAGGUCGUGUCUCCCUACGACGAGAGCUGGUCCGACGGCCUCUUCCCCGUCCACGACGGCAUGUCGUGGGACUUUCCCGUCGCCGACGCCGAGACGCUGCUCCACGACCUCGGCCGCAUGACGAGCAUCGCCUGUCCGCCGUUCGAGUCGUCGACGGAGAGCCAGCUCGACGGAGCCGAGACGGCCCACUCGGCCUCGCCGCUUCCGGCCUUUGACGGCCACGGCGACGAGCCUCUGUCGUCGGCGGGGUCGAGCUCGAGCCCCGGCACGGCCGAAGGCCCCGGCUUGAACGGGCCGGGCACCCCCUGCAUAUCCAGCUUGAUGCAAGCAGAGUUGGAUCAACUGUACUUUGACCGCAUGCACGCCUUCACGCCCAUCGUCCACGAGGGACGGUACUCGGCCUGGGCGCGGCAGCCUCGAAAGGCAAAGGCGCGGCUGUGCCUGCAGUACACGCUGUGGACCUCGGCGUCGUCGGCGUCGGCCCACUAUCAGAACGUCGGCGGCUCCCUCUAUCGCGAGGCGCGUCGCCUCAUGGAGGAGCUCGAGGAGGAGGCCAAGGGGAGGCCCGCGGCGCCGACGGAGCUCGAGCACAUCCAGGCCUGGCUCCUGCUCGCCAUCCACGAGUUCAUCUUUGUCGAUUUUCGCCGCGGCUGGUUGAGCGCCGGCCGCGCGUUCCGCCUCAUCCAGCUCGACUGGUUCCGAGACGUCGACGGCCUCGACGCCGUCGUCGCGCCGGCACAGUGGAUCGAGGCGGAGCAGAGGCGCCGGACCUACUGGAUGGCCUACUGCCUCGACAGGCUCGUGAGCCUCCGAAGCGGCUCUCCCUUGACCUUUGACGAGCAGACCGUCGUGCGACUCCCGGCACCCGAGACGGCCUUUCAAAACGACGAGCCCGUCCUCGUGGGUUACCUCGGCGAGGCCGUCGCCUCCCACGACGCGAGCGCGACGUCUCCGUUCACCGAGUGCAUCGUCAUGGCCACGCUGACGGGUCGCGCCUUGUCGUACCAGCACCUCGCGACCAAGCACCCCAAGGUGUCGGAAGACUUUUGGUACCGCCACCGAGGCUUCGAUGCCGUCCUGACGCAGCGCAUGGAGGCCUUCACCCUCAAGUACGGCCUCGCCCUGCAGGAGGCGGACCCGAUGCUCAUGUUUGUCGGCAUGAUGUGGCGGACCACGAUUCUCUUCUUUUCCCAGACCAUGGAGCGCGCCAUGGCACCGGCAUCGGAAAACGGCUUCGUCGCGUCGGAUCACGCAGCGAGGUCCUCGUCGGCCGCCGAGGAUGUCGUCGGCUUGACGGCCAAGCUCGCGCAGCUGAACUGGUUCAAGGUGCAUCCACUCACGCCGAUCCCGCUGUCCUUGUGCGCAGAGCUGCUGGCUGCGCAAAACGGGCUGGACAAAUCUACGGACAAGAAGCUGGCCAUUGUUACAGACUUGAUGCGCAGCUUGGUGAAUUUUAACAACAUGGGAAAGGGGCUGUACAGCUAUCCCUGGUAG